AUGAAAGUAGUUGUCUGCUCGGUUAUCUCUUCUUCAUAUCUUGCUGCUUGUUCUCCCCCACUUCCAGGGCACAAAGAGUAUCCAACGCCAUCGCCUCAUCCUUGUGCUCGUGAAUUAUUAAAGGUAUUAGCAAAUAGAGACUAUCAUUCUCCCGAACUUAGUGAAGCGGAUGAUGAGGGGAUCCGGGCAAUCAAUGUGUACGACUAUUCUUAG